AUGGUGGGUCAAAUCCCCAAAGAAGUACUCUCAAUUUUCGACGAUUUGGCGAGUCUCAACGGGGAGUGCCGACUGAAGGCUUGCGCAAGUCUCGUUGGGGAAAAGUUGGAUGAUGGCGUUCAAGAUUAUGUGCUCAAUCGACUCAUCACCGGAUUGUCGUCGACAAGAGCUGCGGCUAGAGUUGGCUUUUCAUGCGCUCUCGUGCACUGCUUGCAGAAGUACCCGAAACGAUGGAAAUGCGACGACUUGUGGAAACUUUGCGAGGACAAAUUACCGUUAAAUGAUAAAGAUCAAGCACAGGCACACGCGGUCGGGCGUUACCUAUUUUUGGAUUCACUAUUUGCUUCGGAAGUGUAUAAAAAUAACUUCAAAUGGAUUGCCGAGAAGCAGUUAGCGUUGGCGGUGCGUUUCCAGUGGCUUUCAAUGGGCGUUUGGCAGUCGAUUAUCACUACAUCGUUGCAUCUUUCACCUGCCGAUUUCCAAAAAGACGUAUAUCCAUGUGUGGAGAAAUCGAUUCCACAUUCACUUGACAACUUGGGUCCCGAGCAUUUGUUAGCGAUUCUGUUGUGGUCGAAAAAGUUUGGGAAUAUUCUACAAAAUGUACCACUUCUUAGCAAAAAGGGACAUCUCACCUUUCAUGAGGACGCUUUUCCGAAGUUGAUCGCCAUUUUGAAGAAGACAAACUCGUUGAAUGUCACUCACUUAAUCGAGGUGUUGCUCUCGAGUGCUCGUGAAACAAAUCAAUUUGCAAAGGUCUAUCGAGGCGUCGUCGAGGCCUGGGUUUUGGGCGGAGCCGAGAAAACGCACGCGCUUGAUCAGCUAUUCGACAUUAUUCAACGAAUCAUAAAAAACGGAUCGACCAAAGAUCUUCUGGGAAUCUUUUCGCCGAGUCUCUUGAAUAAGUUGAGGUUCAUCACACAAGGAAAAGCGACUCCGGAGAAAAAUGCAACAAUUUUAAAGGUGCGUAACUUUUGCCAAUCAAUCUUGGGAUUCAUGCAACGGGAGGCUGAUUCGGUGUCGAAAGAGGAGCUCUCACAUAUUGCUGCGAUUUUGUUGAAAGAGAUCGAUUUGACGAGCACUUUCGACAAAACGAUUGGAAUACGGUUUGCCGAAACGCUAAUGGCUAAGCUACAAGGAGAGGAUUUGGAUGUUUUCUUGCAAACGCACACAAGCUCCGGUGGCUCCUCGGUGCGUCGCUUGGCCUCGAUCUAUCCACAAUGGGAUUUGGAGUCGAGAAAGAAAGCCCUUCACCUGCUCGCCUCAACCAAUAACAUGUUCAAAUCGGAGGAUCGAUUCUUGACAAUCGCCAACUGUAUCGAUACGAUGUUUAAAGUCAAGGUUCGAGCCGGAGAAAAGGCGGAAAUUUUGAUCGACGACGAGAGUGUUGAACUGAUAGACUCGACGGCAAAAAUUCUGUUGAAGAAGGAAGACUUUGAACAAGGAAAGAAGCGAUUGACCGGAACGGGAUUGGAUUUUGCAAAACAACUCCUCACCUUUUGGCAAUGCUUGAGAAUUUGGGCGGCCACGACACCGGAUUCAGAUGAGGAGAAAGCCUACUUGGAGAACGCGCAAGAGUUGGUCGGAUUAGCGGCAAAGUUCAAAGAGGAUGAGGAUUCUUUCAAGGUUCUUCUCGAUCUCUUCGUAGCCUUGUUGUCUCAAUUGCAUCGAUUCCACCGAGCCCCUGUUCAGUACCUCUUCUUGUCGACACUGCCACAUUUGAAAACAGUUCACGUGAUGCACAUUAUUGAGGCGAUUGCUUUAAGUGACGAGGAGUUGGUGGGAACAGCAGAGAAUGAAGAAGCGGAUGAAGAAGAUGAUGAAGAAAUGAUGGAGAUCGAGAAUGCUAAAGUGAAUGGAGUCAACGGUGAAAAGGAGCAAAACGGAAAAAAUGAGGAGAGUGAUGUCGAGUUGUCCGAUGAAUCGGAAUCUGAUCCGGAAGGAGAGGUUGAUCCAAUGUUGUUGAGUCGACUGAAACAAGCGCUCGGAAAAGCGGCCGUUGAUGAGACGAAAUCGGGUGAAAGUGACCUCUCGGAUGGGCCUGACGAUGACGAGAUGUUCCGUUUGGAUGAUGGAUUGGCGGCUGCGUUCAAGUCGAUUGGCGGGAAGAACUCAAAGAAAAAGGUGCAAGCCGAUGCGUCACGAAUCGCGAACCCGUUGAGGAUAAAACUGUUAGAGCUGCUUCUCGUCUUCAUUUCGAACGAGUCAACACCGGGAAAAGUGAAAUUGUCAAUCGCUAUUCCACUACUCUCCUUGGUGAAGACGCUUUUGCGACGCGCCAAAGAUGACACAGUCACCAAGAAAGCGCUGGAGUUGUUGAAUGUGCUUGUUCAUAUGAAAAAGUUGGAAGUACCACGAAAACGUUUGACAGCCGUUUUGGACGAAUUGGCUAAAGAAGCCGAAGGAGCCAUCAAUCCGGUCAUCAAAAAGGCGAUUGGUGAUUUCUCGGCUUGGCUGUUCACUCUCGGCACCGAGAAGGGUCAAAGCGAUCCCAAACAUGUGGCCGCUUUUGUUGGAUUGAUGGACAAAUUCAUGACAAGUGAUGAAGCGAACUUUGACUCUGAAGUGGUCGUUGGAGCGUAUACACGUUAUCCGGCCUCUUUCUGCACGGAAUUACCGAAAUUGAUCGCUUACGGGUUCAAUGAGAAGAUUCGACCUUUUAGAAGAACUGAGGCUUUCCUGUGUGCGGCGGCUUUGUUGCGGAAAGAUGUCGUCAAAGUGAGCCCAUUGGAGAAAGGAUUGACUCUGACGACAAGCGGUGCCGACAUCAAGCCCCGAAUCGUUGCUGCAUUGCUCAAAGUGCUCAUCCAAUUCGUGUCGGUUUGCUCCGAUGACGAGAAGUUGAUGUCGUUGGCUGGGAAAACGUUGAAUGAAACAUUGGACACGCUGAUCGGCGAUGAGGAUUUGUGGAAAGCGGGCGGAUCGCUGAAGAAACUCAACGCUUCUUGUCAACAGAUAAACGCCAAAACGCCACUUCCGAUGUUGAAAUCGAUUCGGAAAGCCGUGGAGAAU